AAAAUGAACUUAAUAAUUAAAAUUCGACAUUAUCUACUGUAGUGCUAUCUAAAAAGUAAAAAUUUAUAACUGACAAAACACAAUGAAUUGACUUUAAAAGUACAAGCAACUGAGGAACAGAAACUUGAUGUUAAAACGAAAAUAUUUUAAAUUGUUGUGGAAGUGUAGGACCAACAGUCUGUAAUAAUUUAAUUAUACACUGAUAAACGCAUAAAAUGAUGAACUAUGUUCAUUUGUUAUUAAUUUUUUUUUAWGUUACAAGUARAAUGUGAUUAUACUUUGUACAAGUGUUAAAUUGUUAACAUGUUCGAACUUGAAGAUUUUGAUUUAGAUGAUGAAGUAUUUCUUAAUACCCAGAUGCCUCCAUUCAUUAGUACAUCACCAAAUAAAUCAUCAAAUUUGAAUCCUGUUACUUCGAAUUUUGAAGAUGAUGAUGAAAUAUUCCUAAAUGUAUCAAAUUCAGUUUUCGAAUUGGAAUCUUCACACUCUGAAAAUAUAGAAGUUAAAAAUAACAGAACAAAAGAACAAAUUAAAAAUAAUGAUAAUUCACAAAAUAUGCUUGACGCCCAAUCCAAAUCAGAACUUACUGAAUCAWUUAAUGAAAGUCAGCCAAAUAAAAUAAAAUUCAAUUUUGAUGAUGAUUUUGAUUCUGACGAUGAAAGUUUUUUCAACACAUCCAAUAUAAUACAAUGUCCUAAGAGUUCAUUAAAAGAAAAUGGGUGUUUGGUUAAAUUGRAUUUUAAUGAUGAUCAUAAAGAGGUUUCAAUUGUCAACUCUGAAACUUACCAGAAAAAAUCUACAAAUAWAAAAAGUUUUAAUAAAACUAAUUGCAAUAGUCAUCUUAACACAACUACUACUAGUGUAAAAAUGAUGACUCCKAAAGGAACCUCUAGAAAAUUUCCUGGACCUGCUGGUCUUCUUUCGGAAAACGAAGACCUUUAUUCAGAAGAUCCUUCAAACUUAGAAUCUUUGGAUAGGUCAAUUAACAUUGGUGAAAAUGAUAACAAAGAUGAGAAUUUGUGCAUUCAAGCAAAUGACUCAUCUUUUUCUUCGUCACCAUAUCAACAAUUUCUAUCAGAUUUUUUCGCUACUGAUGUUGAUAUUUUGUUGGAUAAAUUUAAUGUGGCAUGGAUAAAACAGAAACUGCUCCCAUACACUGCUUCUGGUCGUUUCUUCACAGAUAAAAUACCAUUCUUUGUUUCUGUUUUAAAAGAAAUUGACUGUUUAUCGCCAGAUCCAACAGUUCUACUAGCUGACAAAACAGGAUAUAUUAGAGGAACAAUUCAUAGAGCAGUUUGGAACCAAUUUAGCUGUCAAUUAAAACUAGGAGCUGUUUUGAUAUUAUCCAAUGUUGGUGUAUCAUGUCAAAAAAUACUUAAAGGAUUUACACUAAAUAUUACUAGUGAUCAUUUAGUUGCCAUUUACAGUUAUUCUUCUGAGGAUGUUCAAGAAGUAAUUGUUACUCGAACAACGGRUAUGACAAAUGAAGAAAUUGUGACUGGAGCCAAACAAUGGAACGCAUUUAAUGCGGAAGAGUUAAAUAAAAAUUCUCAUUUAGUGAUAAAUAAGAGCCGAAUGAAUGCGCUUAAUAAUUUAAAACUACACAACAUUUUGACCGAUCAUAGUUCUCAACCGUCAAAUGCCAACUAUGAAAACACAAAUAAUACUCCUGAUAAAUCAACGCAUGUCAAAAGUUUUUUUAAACCAAAAACUCCUAUAGCUCAUAAUUUAUUUAAAAAUGUUCCUACUGUUUCUAGUAAUUUCUUAGAAGAACCGCCAACUAAACGGACGAGAAAUGAAUUUCAAUCUGAAGAUCAAUAUUCAAAUAAUGAAAUCUCUAUUAUUCAAAAUAUUUUUGAAGGAAUUGAUGAAGAUGAAAUGUUUAAUGAUUUUUGUUGUUAAAGUCUAUUUUCAGCUUCAAAGUAAUUUUAUUUCAAAGGUGCUUAUAAUUUAAUUGGAUUGUAGAUUGUAAAAUUUUUUUUGUUUUGUAAUUAAAUCCUAUUGUUAGUGAUAACAGUCUAUUUUCACUGUUGAUUUCAUAAUUUAUUGUAAGCUGCAUUAUUCUUCAUGUCUACAGUAUAGAUAUAGUAUGACUGACACCCAUCUUUGAUAUAUUUUUAUUAUCUUAUCAAAUAAUAGCUCUCUUGUUAAAUGACAUAUGCACUUUAAAUACUAUUGAUUGUUGUAGCUACAACAAGUUGUGUUAGGUGUACAUUGAUUAAAAAAAAUAAAAAAUUUGUGGUACCAUUAUGCCUUUUAUAACAAUUAUAAAUGUAAGUUAAAUUGUAUGAUUAGAAUCUAAAGUCUUGUGGUGAUAUGCUCUUAUGUACCAAAACUCAAGUAUUUGUAAAGGCACUUAUUGGUUCCAAAAUUUUUAGACUACCUAUUGUAAAAUAUUGUCAUGUUCAUUUUUGGAAUUGAAAGAGUUGAUAUCUGUAUAAUUAUACAAAGUCAAACAUUGGCAUUAACAGCAAAAACUGUUGAUAAAGACAAUUAUUGUUUAUGUAAGAUUUUUACUAAAGCUACAUAAAAAGGAAAUCAAUUAUGUCAACAACAUCCAAAAUAAAAUGA